UGGGUGGGGUGGGAUUGGAGAAAGACCCACCACCCCUCCCUCUUGCACAGCUCUUCCUUCUGGAGGAGAUGCGAGAGCGCAAGUUCGAUGGCUUUGCCCGCACCAUCCAGAAGGCCUGGAGGCGCCAUGUGGCAGUCCGGAAGUACGAGGAGAUGCGGGAGGAAGCCUCCAACAUCCUGCUGCACAAGAAGGAGCGGAGACGGAACAGCAUCAACCGGAACUUCGUUGGGGACUAUCUGGGGCUAGAGGAGCGGCCGGAGCUGCGUCAGUUCCUGGGCAAGAGGGAACGCGUGGACUUCGCUGACUCAGUCACCAAGUACGACCGCCGCUUCAAGCCCAUCAAAAGAGACUUGAUCCUUACGCCCAAGUGUGUGUAUAUAAUCGGGCGGGAGAAGGUGAAGAAGGGACCAGAGAAGGGCCAGGUGCGUGAGGUCCUGAAGAAGAAGCUGGAGAUCCAGGCCCUCCGGGGAGUUUCCCUUAGCACAAGGCAGGACGACUUCUUCAUCCUCCAAGAAGACGCCGCCGACAGCUUCCUGGAGAGCGUCUUCAAGACGGAGUUCGUCAGCCUCCUGAGCAAGCGCUUCGAGGAGGCGGCGCGGAGGGCCCUGCCCCUCACCUUCAGCGACACACUACAGUUCCGAGUGAAGAAGGAGGGCUGGGGCGGAGGUGGCACCCGCAGCGUCACUUUCUCCCGUGGCUCCGGCGAGGUGGCAGUGCUCAAGGCCAGCGGCCGGUCCCUCACAGUCAGCGUGGGCGACGGGCUGCCCAAGAGCUCCAAGCCUACACGGAAGGGAAUGGCCCAGGGAAAACCUCGAAGGUCAGCCCAGGCCCCCACCCGGGCAGCCCCUGGGCCUCCCAGAGGCCUGGACCACAAUGGGGUGCCUCCUUCUACCAGAAGGGGGCCCCUACCCCUGGAGAUCACACCUGGAGGGGGCUCCCAGCAGCCUCUCCGGGGCCCUCCAUCCUCAGCCCUGAGGGCGAGCAGACGCCCCCGGGCACGGCCGCCCUCAGAGCACAACACAGAAUUCCUUAACGUGCCUGAUCAGGGUGUGGCAGGCAUGCAGAGGAAGCGCAGUGUGGGGCAGCGACCUGUGCCAGGCGUGGGCCGACCCAAGCCCCAGCCUCGGAUGCAUGGCCCGCGGUGCCGGGCACUGUACCAGUAUGUGGGCCAAGAUGUGGACGAGCUGAGCUUCAACGUGAAUGAGGUCAUCGAGAUCCUCAUGGAAGAUUCCUCAGGCUGGUGGAAAGGCCGGCUGCACGGCCAGGAGGGCCUCUUCCCAGGAAACUACGUGGAGAAGAUCUGAGAGGGGGCCCGGAUUCUGCCUCCUGCCUGCCUGCCGGGGAGCCAGGCCCUUCCAGCGAGGGCCUCAUAUUCCUUGGCUGCAUUAGCCACAAGGUCCAGUCCUGUGGCCUCCAGCCCACCCUAGCCCAGCCCAGGCCCUGGGUCUGGGGGUCACCACUGCAGCCACCCCAGGGCCCUGGCCUCCCCCCUGUCACACGCGUUGCCUCCUGUUUCAAACAGGGCUAACAGCAGAAUCUACCUCCCAGCUGCCUUGUGAGUAUAAAUGAGUUGUGUCCUGUCAGCAAAGUGCCAAGCACAGUUGGGGGCACCUUGACAAGUAAGACUCCUCUUCUUCUGUCAUCACUGCGGCAAUAAACACUUGCCAGGUCA